AUGGAAGUUUCGUAUUUUAAACACUGUAUAGUGCCCCAGUGUAUGAAUACAAGUAGAAAAACUCCGACUAAAUUAUUUAUACGUGUUCCGGUUAAGGAUAAAAUGCGAAGAAAGUGGUUAAAACUGGCAAAUAGGAGUGAUGCUCAUUGUUUAUCAACAACAUCGAGAAUGUAUUUCUGUGAAGAUCAUUUCGAUUUGCCAAACGAUAUGCUGAAUUAUACCGAGUACCAUAUAAUGGGAAAGGUGUCUUAUGUGCGAAUGAAACCGGGUUGUUUACCAAGUAAAUUUGAAUGUCAAGAAGAUAUAAGAAAAGGAACCUGCAACAGUGCAGAGCGGCCAUAUAUGAUAAAAAAAGAGAGAAUAUCUACAGUAGCAGAGUGUCUUCAAGAAAGUUUUACACCAAGUACUUCCCUAGCACAACAACCUCUUCAAACAAGUUCAGCAGAAGAAAUUGUGGUGAAAACAGAAAUCCCCGAUGAGAUAUUGAUAAAAACAGAACCGAUCUAUCCAGACGAAACGGUUCCGGAGGUGGCAGAUGUGAGGUUUCAUGAUAAAGGGGUUCAGACGAAGCCGGACGUGGAGGACAGGGGGGUGCAAGGAUGCCCUAGACGUUUCCGAAGCAAGGCGGUGCAGUACAACUCCGAUAUACCACCCAAGAUAACCUUCUUGAAAUUAGUCAGAGAAGAAACGGAGAAGAUGAUGGUCCGUGUGUACAAGUAUUUGCGUGACGAGUUGGAGAUUUUAAAGUUGAUGACAGCGGAACAGGUGUUGGUGGCACUGGAGCAGGUCUCGGGCCGCGCCGCGCAGGCCACAGGUGUCUCUGAACUUGACAUGCAGAAAACAUUGGACAAAUACAAAGCUUUACUUGACAAACAGCCUACGAAGAAGGCAUUGGAUAAAACAAACAAGCCGAAGAAAAAACGGAAACAAGGGAUGUACGCACGCACUUUCAGUUUCAGCAAUGAAUCCACGGAUGACGAGCAACCCCCUAAAGUUCGGGAAGUGGAAACGGACAGUGGAAGUGCCGGAGUCUCAGUACAAACAGUUACAGAACCAUCGGAUAUGGAAGUAGACUGCGGCGGAGGGAACUCCAUCGUCGAGACAACAGCUCGGAGGGAGACGUCAGUGCAAGAAGAAGUACACGAUAGCAACGGCGAGAGUACGGACGAAGCACUCGAAGAAGAACCAGAAAUAUACAUCAAGGACGAACCCCUGACUGAAGAUGUCGAUAGUGCUAAUCCCCUGGACAUCGGCGUGGUGGCUCCCUCUAUCGCACACUCUUCGCACACACCGAGCGAUACAUACUCCACCACUACAACAGACACACAAACAUACGACCCUGGCGAAGAUGUAAGAAUAAAAACAGAAAAUGGUGAAACGGAACCAAGCCACGAUCACACGUAUCAUAAAAAUACGUGA